AGCACCGCGAUUUAAAAAAAAAAAAAAAAAAAAAAAGAUGUCAUCGUGCGAAGGGAAGCGCCGAGGUGGAGCGGGAGGCCGCGGCCGGGCUACGGCACCGCUUGCCCGGGUCACGGCGUGAACGCAACACCGAGGCUUCGAACAAAACACCCGAUUGGCCUGUUCGGGGCGGGCGGGGGGACGCCAGGGAAGGGGGACAAAAAUAACACAGAUUUAUCAAUUGCUUCUGUUUUUAAACCUCUUUCAACAUCCCUUACUGUGUGUGUGACGGCUUAAAGCAGGUGUAAAAACGAGCCAGAUCAAGACGUUCUGCUGCAUGUUGUGUGUUUAUAACGCUGUUUAUAACGCUGUGUACCUGACAUUAACGCGUCGUGUGACGUUUCCGGCGGUUUGUUUACACAUAAAUGUGCAGCGAACAGGGUGUUAAACCUGUAAUCAGUGCAGUGGCUCAAGUGCAGCAGACAAUAAUAAUAAUAAUAAUAACAAGAAUAAUAAAAAGGAUCGUUGUUAUGGAGGGUUUUGUGUGUUAGAUGAAAGCAGCAGGUCCUCAGGGUCGAGCCGAAAGCUUUAGUCUGUAGUUGUUUGUGUCUUCACCUGCGGAACAACAUGGAUGCUGCGUGGAGCAGUUUUCUCUUCCAGACCACGCCCACCCAGACCCAUCUCGAGGGCUCUCUCCAAUCAGAGCUCAUGCAGGUGCACACGAGCUCUCCCCAGAGCCCGCCUACAGAAUCCAUAGAAACGCCCCCCUCGACUGUAGACACCACCGCCCUCAGUGAGGACCCUGUACCUGAAAAGCCACCUGUUCGUCCAGGCCGUGCUGCUCAUAUCUGUGCCAUUUGCAACAAACAAUUUAAAAAUAGCUACAACCUGCGGCGGCAUCAGUCUGUUCACACAGGUGUGCGUCUGAAGGGAGGGUCUUCCCAGAACCGCGAAGGCGUUUCUAAAGAGGCCACCGAGCCUCUGUCCCUGCUCCAACUCAGCAUAGUUCCACCUGCUUCAGGGCUUCCUGUUCAACCUCAGCAGCAGCCACCACUUACUCAUGACACCAGUGAUUUAGUCAUGACCAGCACCGUCACGCCUCUCCCCCCUCCCGCAGCAAUUGUCAUGCCGACCGGAGAGCCAGUCCAGCAGAGGCCGGUGAACCCAACCCCAAAUGCUAAUGUAGUGCGGAAAAAUCACGCAUGUGAGACCUGCGGAAAGGCCUUCAGAGACGUCUACCACCUGAAUCGCCACCGUCUCUCGCACUCAGAUGAGAAACCCUUCUCAUGUCCCGUGUGCCAGCAGCGCUUUAAGAGGAAAGACCGAAUGAGCCACCAUGUGCGCUCGCACCAGGGUGGCGUCGAGAAGCCCUAUGUGUGCCCGCACUGUGCCAAGGCCUUUUCUCGCCCUGACCACCUGAACAGUCAUGUCAGACAAGUUCAUUCUACAGAACGACCUUUCAAAUGUCCGACGUGCGAAUCGAGCUUUGCCACUAAAGAUCGGUUGCGUGCUCAUAUGAUCCGGCACGAGGAGAAGGUUCCGUGUCACAUCUGCGGCAAACUGCUGUCGGCCGCUUACAUCACUGAUCACAUGAGGGUGCACAACCAGUCACAACACCAUGCCUGCCACCUGUGUAACAGAAGUUUUACGACGCUCACGUACCUGCGCAUACACGCUCAGAAGCAUCACGGUCAGGAGUGGAAGGAAAGCGGCUUCGGAUCCAGCGGUUCUGUUCUAGUGUGCCAUUUGUGUGGCGUACACUGCAAGACCCUCACGCAGCUGCAGGGCCACAUGGGUACCCACAAUCCCCCAGGCAGCAGCAGUGGAGAGGGCAUUUCUGAUGGCUCGCUGUCACUCAGUAGCAGCAGCAGCAGCAUGGCACCAUCAUCUGCUGUCUUCGUGAGCACCAACACCAUGGUGGACCUGCUGGUCACCGACUGUUCCUGCAUCGCACAGGAGCCACAGAGCUAGUACUGUAUGCCUGUAACACGCAUCUAUAUCCAUAGACAUCUACAUACAAUCACACACACACACACACACACACACACACACAAGCAUCCAGCUACCAAUCUGGACCUCUGUACAUACCUUUGUGGUGCACAGGACAUGUUUAUAAGAGUGGUAUAUACCAGGACUAUUCACUUAAAAUAAUCUUACUUGUUAAUGAUACUAUAAAAUAGUGUCAUUGCUGCAAUUGAUUUUCUAGAUGAAGUGUCUUUACAUUCUAAAAGCAAUCUGUAAAACUUUGGGGAAUAUGUGUGACCUGGAGCUCGCAACUAAAGAAUUUUUAACGGUCUCCUUACAUUAAGCAAUCAGGAAACUGCUUUUCACAGAGGUACUGUAGACCCUCGGCAUGUGCACAGGCAGGUCAUGUACGUUUCGCUAUAAAUAAGCAAGAAGCAAAGCUCGAUCUUAUACAAGGUCCUUUUAGAAUUAGGGAAGAGUCGUUAAUCUAUCUUACAGAAGUCAUUGCAAACACCAAGAUGUCUGGUCUCUCGUUUGAUAGUUAAAUUACAUGUUUAACUAGAGAGAAUAAAGCUCUCCGGUGUUUGUGUUCAGCUAUGGGCUACGAUUGCUGAGAUAUCACUUAAAUGUAGGUGCCUCUGAUCUAACGACGACUGCUCAUUGAUUCUAUAAAUUAAAUUCUUAAGUAUCGCUAAGUAUCUUGAUCUGAAAUUUUGCUUUUUGUUUUCGAAAAGUGUGGGAAGAAAUCCGUAAAAUAAUGAAAUAUUUUGAACAGAUAGAGAGAGACCUUCCUAGACCAGAUUUGGAGUUGCUACCAACAUUAGACAACAUCAGACUGUUGUCUUGUACAGUAGGUUUCCUUACAUGAGGACUAGCCCUGGUAUAUACUGUAUUCUCUCUCUCUCUCUCUCGCUCUCACGUACCAAUCCACAUUAUUGAGCAAAUACUGUGAAAAGAGCUAUUACACAGCUAACUGAGUGUACAUACACACACAUACACACUUACCAAUUACACAGCCACUGUAGCAAAUAAGGAAGGGAACUCGGCAUGAAUGAACACUACGCAUACGUCUCCACAGCACGAUUUAAAUUUUCAUUGUAUUAUUGCAACAUGAUCAGACAUGCCUGGGAAGUCUGCGGCGGCUUCAACCACGGCAUGAGAGCAAUUAGACACUUAACUACAGCACCAAGUACAAUUGCACUGGCUGGAUUUCUCUCCUUCGUUAUUCUUUAAAUCUGUUUCACACUUACUGCUGCAGGAUACAACGAUACUGUGAUUGUGACUUUCUACUGUAUGUCCUAUUCUGCACACGCUCUCUCUUCCACACUCUAUAAACCACAAAGUGAUAAAAAGGGGUUGAUUUUGAUGGGGAAAAAAUGAUAAUG